GUGCCGGCGGGGCGCCAUGGCGGCGGCGGUGUCGGCCCUCAGCAGCCUGGGGGUGCCCGAGGCCGAUGUUGGGAGCGAGGAGGAAGAGGAGGAGGAGCAGGCAGAGCCCGGCCCGGCCGCGGCGAAGGCGGCGGAGCAGAGGCGGGAGGAGCGGCUGCGCCGGUUCCGGGAGCUCCACAUGAAGCGGUACGAGGCCUGCAAGCUGAACAGCCAGGAGGUGGUGGAGGAGGACAAGAGGCUGAAGCUGCCCCCGAACUGGGAAGCUAAAAAAGCUCGGCUGGAGUGGGAGCUGCAGGUGCAGGAGAAGAAGAAGGAAUGUGCAGCCAGGGGUGAGGACUACGAGCGGGUGAAGCUGCUGGAGGUCAGCGCUGAGGAUGCCGAGAGGUGGGAGAGGAAGAAGAAGAAGAAAAACCCCGACCUGGGCUUCUCAGACUACGCGGCGGCGCAGCUGCGCCAGUACCAGCGGCUCACCCGGCAGAUCAAGCCCGACCUGGAGCAGUAUGAGAAGCUCAAGGAGCAGCACGGGGAGGCCCUGUACCCCACCUCCAACAGCCUCCUGCACGGCACCCACGUGCCCUCCAAGGAGGGCGUGGACAGGAUGGUGGCAGACCUGGAGAAGCAGAUCGAGAAGAGGGAGAAGUACAGCAGGAGGCGACCCUACAACGACGACGCCGACAUCGACUACAUCAACGAGAGGAACGCCAAGUUCAACCAGAAGGCCGAGAGGUUCUACGGGAAAUACACAGCUGAGAUCAAGCAGAACCUGGAGAGGGGCACGGCUGUGUGAGCCUGCCUGGCACUGCUCGGAGCCUGGGCCCCGUGAGCCUGCCUGGCACAGCUCACUCCUGGCUCCUCCGUUGCCGUUUUGUGUAGAUUGUAGCUGUUGCUGUCUCGUAGUGUGCUGAACGAUGUACAGAAUUCAGCUGUAAAUAGCUUUGGCUGCAGGAGUAGCCAGGUUCUGCCUUUCAUGCUCUAAAUAAACUCUUUGGUCUAA